AUGGCAUCUGCCUCAGCUUUUCUCAGCGCGCCCUCUUCUUCUUCUUCUUCUCUAAUCGCUCCAACUCUCGAAACCAGGAGAUUUCACUCGUCGCAGCCGUCUCGAAUUGGGUUCAAGCCGCUCCGAGUCUCUGCCUCCUGCGCCUCCACCGCCGAGAGGGGGACCAGCACGUCGACGGCGGGAACUCCUCCCUCGUCGUUCUACGAGGUGCUCGGGAUCCAGAUGGGCGCAUCGUGUCAGGAGAUCAAGUCGGCGUAUCGAAAGCUGGCCAGAGUCCUGCACCCGGACGUCGCCGGCGAGGAGAGCGCGGCGAGCGAGUUCAUCGAAUUGCACAAGGCGUACGAGACGCUUUCGGAUCCGGCCAAGCGGGCCGAUUACGACCGGUCCCUAUUCCGGCUCGGGCGGUCGAUGAGCUACGCCUUCGUGAUGUCCGCCGCGUCGGGUUCGGGUUCAGGUUCCCCGUCUGGCGGUUCUCCCGGGUACACAAGCCGGAGGUGGGAGACUGAUCAGUGCUGGUGA